AUGCGAAAACAAGCAAAGAAUUUGAUAAAUGCCGACAUGAAUGUUAUGAUGACUCGGAGGAGGAAUCGCAGCGUAAGGUUUACCGAAGAGAUUGAUGUGUUUGAAGUGGAAUGUUUUCGAGAACACCUGAAUCGAUGUUGGUACCAGAAUGACGACUACAGAGACUUUUCGCUCGAUCGAAAGGCUUGCGUUGUCGCCUACCGAAAGGUUGCUGCCAAGAACAGGCAACAUCAGCUUUCCGAGGAUGUCCAACUAUGCUUGCUUGGACUUGAAAGCAGCUUAUCCAUGGAUGUAAGAGAACUCUCUGCGGAGCGUCGUGCCGAAAUUGUACAUGGGGUACUACUGGAACAAGAAGCACAGUGGACUGGAGGGUACAGUGAUCAGGAUCAAAUCCGACUAGUAUCGAUCGGUUGCAGCACAGAAGCGGUUGUCGAAGCUAUUGAACGGGCUGUCUUCGAUACGAGUGACAGGCGUUUGCCUUUUACUGAAAAACUGAGACUAGGAACAGGUGGCACUGCAACAACAUCUAUCUGGGGGGAUCAAGCGAACAUGUGCUCGUCACCACUGAUCCCCAGGCGCCAGGCAUCAAAACGCUUGGUCAAGGAACCUUCUUUCCGCGCAACGCUGACCGGGAAAUCUUCAAUUCGAAUGCAGACAUCUGAGCGGCUAGAUUCGCGGCCUUCGCUUCCACAAAAAAAGCCGUCACUUAGAUUUUUGGAGGCUUUAAACCGACGCGACUACCGCCCCCAAAGCAUAACGAGACAGCCGUCACUUCGAUAUGAAGUUAGCUUAAUUCAGUAGUGUCUCUCCAUGGAUGUGGCAAUUCCGAUUGUCUCGGGAAGCAAGCAUGUGUCAAGAGCGGAGAAAAUUUGCUACGGAGAAUUAAUGCGAUUA